CCCUGGGACUCGCAGCGGGGACCGGCCACUGUUCCAUCCGCCUCCGCCGUGCCGCGCAGCGCACUUUUCUAGUUGCUUCCCCAACUUCCCCCACACAAACCAACCACCAUCGCUGUCUGGCCAUUGUCGCUUGCCCUCGUCGCUUGUCGUCUUCAACCUCUGUCGCGUGCCUCCAGCCUCUCUCUCCUCUCAGCACACCACACAAUCUCUACGACUGCCACAUUCUGCGCUGCCCCGCACAAUCGUCGCCAUGACUUCCGAGCAGCCCCUCCCUUUCGUCUACCAGUUCGCUGCAGGCGCCAUUGCUGGUGUCUCAGAGAUUCUGCUGAUGUACCCUCUGGAUGUUGUCAAGACAAGAGUACAACUUCAGACCACCACUUCUGGUGCCGACCACUACAAUGGCAUGGGCGAUGCCUUCAAGAAGAUCAUCAAGAACGAAGGCUUCUCGAGACUCUACCGCGGCAUCUCGGCCCCGAUCCUCAUGGAGGCCCCCAAGCGCGCCACCAAGUUCGCCGCCAACGACGAGUGGGGCAAGUUCUACCGCAAGGCCCUCGGCUACGAGAAGAUGAACCAGUCCCUCUCCAUCCUGACCGGCGCCUCCGCCGGUGCCACCGAGUCCUUUGUCGUCGUGCCCUUUGAGCUCGUCAAGAUCAGGCUGCAGGACAAGGCCUCGGCCGGCAAGUACAACGGCGCCAUGGACGUCGUCGCCAAGAUCAUCCGCAACGAGGGUCCUCUGGCCCUGUACAACGGUCUCGAGAGCACCAUGUGGAGGCACAUCCUGUGGAACGCCGGUUACUUCGGCUGCAUCUUCCAGGUCCGGGCUCUCCUCCCUGAGGCCAAGAACAAGAAGGAAGACAUGGUCAACAACAUUGUCGCCGGUUCGAUCGGCGGUACUGUCGGCACAAUCCUCAACACCCCCAUGGACGUGGUCAAGUCCCGCAUCCAGAACUCGCCCAGGGUCCCCGGCUACGCGCCCAAGUACAACUGGGCCUGGCCCGCCUGCGGCACCGUCAUGAAGGAGGAGGGCUUCGCCGCGCUGUACAAGGGCUUCGUGCCCAAGGUCAUGCGCCUGGGUCCCGGAGGUGGUGUCCUGCUCUGCGUGUACACCUUUGUCACGGACCAGUUCCGGGAAAUGCUGCGCAAGUAAAAGGAGGAACCCCGGGGAAGAGGGUGAAGAGUGUUGACGGCUUCAGGGAGGAGAAUGUAUUUGUGAUCGCGCAAAUGGCUAGAAAAGACCAAGCACACGAAAGAGCGGAUCUUGAGGCGUACAUGCAUGACAGGCACGCAUCGGCAUAUUUGGUUGGUAGACCAAGCAUGUGUUUGAAUACGAUAGAUUGGCAUGGAUCCACUUCGAAUCCAGUUGGAAGAAGAAAAUUACAAGCGUGGACAUGAAAAU